GAGACUGUCUUCACUCUUCAGCCUUCCAAAUCUGUUGAACCAAAAAUCGAAUUAGAAGAAAAAAAAUCCCCAAUUUCAGUCAAAUCAGAGCCUCAUCAAUCAUGGAACCAGACUACAAUCCCAGCCGGAAAACUCUGAUCAAGAACAAAUGGGCGGCGGCGGCCGCCAGCAUUUUGAUCCAAUGCACCGCCGGCUCACUCUACACCUUCAGCAUCUACUCCCAAGCCCUCAAAUCCACCCAAAACUACGACCAAUCCACCCUCACCACCAUCUCCUGGUUCAAGGACGUCGGCGCCAACGUAGGCCUCCUCUCCGGCCUCCUCUACUCCGCCACCGCCGCCCGCUGCGGCCCCUGGCUCGUGCUCCUCGCCGGCGCGCUGCAGUGCUUCGCCGGCUACUUCAUGAUGUGGCUCGCCGUCACCGCGGCGAUUCCGCGGCCGCAGCCGGCGGUGAUGUGUCUGUACAUGCUGGUGGCGGCGCACGCGAUGACAUUCUUCAACACGGCGAAUGUCGUCACCGGAGUGCACAAUUUUCCGAGCUAUAGCGGCACCAUCGUUGGGAUCAUGAAGGGCUUUCUUGGUCUCAGUGGAGCCAUAUUAAUUUUAGUAUAUCAGACGAUUUUCAAGCACAAUCCGAGUUCAUAUAUCUUGCUCCUGGCAUUGCUCCCGCCAAUUAAUACGAUUCUGUUUAUGGGUUUUGUUAGAAUCUUUAGAACAAGUGAAGAAGAUGAGAUCAAGCACUUGAAUGCCUUCUCGUCUUUUGCUCUUGUUUUGGCUGCCUAUCUUGCAACUGUGAUAAUCAUCCAGAACAUUCUCAAAUUAACAGUAUCCAUACGUGCCUUGACAUUUUCUCUACUUAUCAUGUUGCUGUUGUCCCCUAUUUUUAUUGCAAUCCGAGCCCAGAGGUAUAAGUCGUAUCGGAUGGUAAAGUCUUUGCUCGAGAACAAUCAAAUGUCAGAUGAUAAGGACCCAAUAGAUGAUGAUGACACGGAUACCACGGAGGACCAAGAUGAGUAUCAUGAGCUCCCAAACGGUCCAGACCAAGUUAGGGAGUCAAAUAAUAACAACACGUUGCAUUUGAGAGAAGAUGUAAAUCUUAUUGGAGCUAUGCGAACGAUCAGUUUCUGGCUUUUGUUCUUCACAACUGCGUGUUCUAUGGGAUCAGGACUUGCCUUGGUGAAUAAUAUUAGCCAAAUAGGCGAAUCUCUUAGAUACAAGAGCUUAGAGGUUAAUACUUUGGUUUCACUAUGGAGCAUCUGGAACUUCCUGGGUCGUUUUGGAGCAGGUUACGUUUCUGAUUAUUUCUUGCGCGCUAAACGUUGGCCAAGGCCGUUGUUUAUGAUAUUUACUCUAGCAACCAUGAGCAUUGGCUAUGCAAUUAUUGCUUUUGGUUUCCCUGGUGCUCUUUACGCUGGUUCUGUUUUGGUGGGUGUUUGCUAUGGGUCACAAUGGUCGUUGAUGCCGACUAUUGCUUCCGAAUUGUUUGGGAAAGAGCAUUUAGGAACGAUAUUUAACACCAUCACUAGUGCAGGUCCUAUUGGGUCUUAUGUUCUCUCUAUCUGGGUGGUGGGAUUUCUCUACGACAAGGAAGUGGCCGGUGAUGGAAAUACAUGCAUUGGAAUUCAAUGUUUCAGAUUCUCGUUUCUUAUCAUGGCAGCCGUUGCACUCUCCGGCUCUCUUGUUGCCUUAGUGUUGUUUUUCUGGACUAGAAAAUUCUACAAACAUGUUGUGCUCCGGAGGCUUUACCAUUCUCUACGAGAGAGCAAGCGCAUUGAUUAUGAUGACUAGUCUUUUGCAGAGGCAGAUUGCGUGACAGCAGAGUUCUACGAAGCUUUAACAUUGUUAUUGAUAUGCAGGAUCUAACCUUCCUGCUUGGAGACUGUCUAACGCCUUUCUGGUAUCUUAUGCUCAUGGAAGAAUGCUCUCGUGUCGGCUGAUUCAGUUUCAAUCACUCGGUAACUUUUGUGCUUCAUUGUGCGUAGAUUUCGUCUUAAAACGUAAUCGGUGCCAUGUAGAGUCGUUAACAUCUGAGAAGUGCAGAUGAAAGGGAAUAAGUUCAGAAUUCUGCUGGUAUGAUGAAAUCUUUGUAAAAUUGAUCAUUUCUGUAGAGAACUAUUUGAUCUUAUUUCUUGACUUUGAUGAGGAUUGUGUAUAAAUUUGAAGGUGAAUAAAAACAUACUACAUUAAAAUUUUGAGAA